AUGCCGCCCGCAGUGAGCCGGUAUCCGCCGCAUAACGUCUCAAACCCCUUUCAACACCUCAACCAGCAGCAUGCGCUCCAGUCGGCCCACUUCCACAGCGUCAAUGCUGCCGUCCAGAACCAGAACAUGGGUCAGCAGCCCGGUUUCGGCGGCGGCAACCCAAAUGGCAACAUGAACAUCUUCGGCCCGGCCACGAGCAACGCAGGCCUGGCAGGAAGUUUCGGCGGCGCGAGUGGGCUUGGUGGCGGCGGAACUGGCCUGGCCAGCCACGCGGCGCAGAUGGGCUUCGCCCACGGCGCGGCUCUGCAGCAGCAACGCGAGCACGAGGCUGCCUCGAUGGCAUCGGGUGGGGCAAAGGGCCAAGGAAUGAGGAUACGAGAUGUCUGGAAGCACAACCUGGCGCAGGAGAUGGCAAUACUCCGGAGUCUGGUCGACAAGUACCCAUACAUCAGCAUGGACACCGAGUUCCCCGGCGUUGUUGCGAGACCGAUGGGCGACUUCAUCACCAAGGCAAGCUAUCACUACCAAACCGUCCGCUGCAACGUGGACCUCCUCAAGAUAAUACAACUCGGCAUCACCCUUUUCUCUCCAGCCGGCGAGAUCCCACCCGCUCAGAUCGAACAGGGCGCCGCCGUCCAGCAGCGCGGCCCCUACUCAAAUAACCUCAUCAUGUGCCCGUGCACGUGGACCUUCAACUUCCAAUUCUCAUUAGAGGAGGACAUGUACAAUGAGGACUCGAUCCAGGUGCUAAAAAAGGCGGGUACGGACUUUGAGAAGCACGCAGAAAUGGGCAUCGACCCGCUCGAGUUUGGCUCCCUCCUCAUCACCUCAGGACUCGCUCUCUCGGACGACGUCAACUGGAUAUCCUUUCACUCGGGCUACGACUUCGCCUACCUGGUGAAGAUCAUGUGGUGCAAGCAGCUUCCGGACGACGAAGACGAGUAUAGGAAACUGGUCAGCAUUUUCUUCCCGCGGCUGCUGGACGUCAAGUUCCUGUGGCGCCAUGCGCAGAAGCUUGUGACGAUCAACGGCGUCAACGCACAGGCCCAGAACAUCCUCAACGCCUUAGGCAGCAAAUCGGGGCUGCAGGACCUUGCCGAAGAACUCGGCUGUCAGCGGGUCGGCACGCAGCACCAGGCCGGGUCGGAUGCUUGGCUGACGGGCAACGUGUUCUGGCAAAUGCGCGCUAAGAUCUUCGACGGGGAGAUCCCGCCCGACAUGAACGGGCAGAUGUGGGGCCUCACGGGCGUGGGACCGCCAGCUUCUGCCACGGCGCAGGCGGCUGUACUCGCGGCUCACGGCCACGCAGCAAACGCGGUCAAUGGCGCAGGCUUCCAGGCAGCCCUGGCGUUCCACACGGGCGGCACGCCGCACAGGGACUCCCCGAGCACGCCAGUCACCAACGCAGCGGGUUUGGCGAGCGGCACGCCUGGCCCCGGUGGCCACGGAUUGGGCGCCAUGACGCCGGGAGGAGCAUUUGGCAACUUCACGUACGGAAAGUAA